UUCAAGUGUUCUAGUCGAAUGGUCGAUCACAACGAUGGUGUUGUAUCGGGUGUUGCCAGUUUUUUUUUCUGUGUGUUUGAAAAAUUUUAAUUUUUAAAAAAUUUUUAAAUUUUCAUUUCAUCUGGAAAUAAAAAAAAAUUGUGUUUUUGUGCAUACGUCUGUGUUUGUGUGUGUGUGUGUUAUGGCUGUGUAAUAAUUAUACACCAAUGUUAUUCAUCAAAUCAAAUCAAAUGUUUAUUUUCAUUGUUUUCAAUUGACCAUCCAUCCAUCCAUCCAUCCAUCAUUGAUUCAUCAUGCAUCAUUACAAAUGAUUCAAAACAAACGAGAAACAAAAAAAAGUCAUAAUAUUUGCCGCCAAAUAUAAACAUCUAAACUUACAAUUUGUUGCAUUUUUUUUUUGGUUUUGAUUUUUGUUUCAAGACAAUAUUAAACAAAAAAAAAAAUGAAGAGAAUUACAACGACCACAACGGCAACGGCAAUGGCAACUUUAUCGAUCAUCAAGAAUAUUAUUGUGGUUCAUCAUCAUCAUUUACUGUUAAUAGUAGUGGCUAUUUUAUUUUAUACAACAACUAUUGCCAAAACAGCAACAGCUGUUUAUAAGACCAAUCAUCCUAUUAUAGAAUCAUCACCUAGUGAUACAUUUUCUUAUGUAUCCGGUGUAGAUCCAUAUGAACUGCAUGAUGCAGAUCCAUCAGUCACUUAUCUUGAAUCAUUUGCCGUUGCGCCAGGUGUUUUACCUGAAUAUGAUAAUAAUUAUGAUGGUUUUGAUUAUCGUAAUGAAUAUUCGCCAAAAUUAUCAUCAUUAUUUAAAAAAUAUCUAAAAAGACCAUCAUAUAGUUCAUCAUAUGAUGAUCAUGGCUGUAGUAGCCAUGAUGAUCAUUAUAGCUUAUAUGGACAUGAUUAUGAAUUGAAAAUCGAUGAAACUGAAAUGAGUUAUGCAUUUCAAAAAGCCGGUAUUAAAAUUGAAGACUAUGAACGUGCCAAUCAAGAAUAUUUAGCAAGUGAUCCACGUGGUCUGAAUUUCAGUGCAUAUGUUUAUGUUGCAACAUUGCAUUCAAAAUAUAAUGAAUUCGUGACCAAAGUGUUGAAAAACAAGAAAUGUUUGUCCCGUAAAAUGGUGGCAACUCAAUUGCCAAAAGUAAAAAUACCACCAAAUCCAUGGAAAAAACAAAAAUAUUGUGAAAUGCAAUCACCAGUAUCGUUAACUACAUAUUGUCAUCCAGAUGAACCAUAUAGACGUAUCGAUGGUAAAUGUAACAAUCUGAUGAACACAAAUCUAGGAUCAUCAUUUCAUUGUUAUCGACGGCUAAUGCCUCCCGAUUAUGCUGAUGGCAUCCAUAAGAUUCGUUUGGGCGUCGAUAAUCGGCCAUUACCAUCACCACGUUUGAUUACUCAAUUAUUGAUGCCUGAUUUAGAUCUAAAUGAUCCAUCAUUAUCAGCAUUACAUUUAUCAUGGGGACAAGUGGUAGCUCAUGACACUUUUCGUACCAUACAGAAUCUUGGAUUGGCUAUCGAUUGUUGUCGAUUAGUGAAUCCUGCCACAAAAGCUCAAGCUGCCAGUUCACCUAGCCCAAGUCAGAUAUUUUUAGAUCCAGCCGGAAAUAAAAUACCGAUACCACAUCCAGAAUGUUUGCCAAUCACUAAUUUCAUACCGAAUAAAGCGACUGAAAUGUUCAAUCAGAUCUGUUUGAAUACGGUUCGAUCAAUCGCUUGCAAUACCUGUAGUUUGGGACCACGAAAUCAAAUGAAUGCUGCCACUCAAUUGCUUGAUCUUUCCCAUGUUUAUGGUGGGAAUCUGAUCAACAAUUCUGAAUCAUUGCGAACUUAUAUCGGAGGACAAUUGUUGACGGAUUUUGCCAAAAAUGGUGAAAUACGAAUGGCACCAAUGAGCGGCAAACAAGAUACGGAUACAUUGGAUUUGACACCAUGUAAUCCACCAUUGAAUAAACCGAAUAUUGGUUGUUUUCGUACUGGUGAUGGUAUGCGUGGUAAUCAAAAUCCUUUCAUUGCAUCAUUACAAACAUUGAUCAUUAAACGCCAUAAUCAUCAUGCAGCCGGACUCCAUUUAGUCAAUAGCCAUUGGUAUGAUGAACAGCUAUUUCAAGAAGCCAGACGAUUGACAAUUGCUGAAAUAGUAAAAAUUCAUUUUGCCGAAUAUAUUCCAUUAGUGUUGGGAAAACGUUUGAUGAAAUAUUUUCAUUUGGAUGUUCGUAGCCAUGGUUAUACUAAAUAUAAUCCACAUGUUGAUCCAUCAAGUAUACAAGAAUCCGGUACAAGUGCAAUGCGUUUUGGUCAUAGUCAAACACGAUCAUUGUAUAAAAUUAUCUAUGAUAAUCAUGUACACAAAACGACUAUUAUGCUUAAGGAUCGUUUUUUCAAUAUGGUUGAAGUCUGGAAAGGACAGAUAACGCCAAUUGUUCGUGGCCUAUUGGCUGAAUCAGCCAAAAACAUUGAUCCAUAUGGUGUUAUUGAUGUGAAAGAUUUUCUAUUCUUCAAUCCAAGACGACCAUCCAUUGUUGAUUUAUUUUCCAUCAAUGUAAAUCGUGGACGUGAUCAUGGCAUUCCAGCCUAUGUUUAUCUAUUACAAUAUUGUACUGGUUAUGAAAUUCAUUCAUGGAAAGAUAUGGAAAAAUUUAUACCGCCUAAAAAAGUGAAAUCAUUACGAAAAGUUUAUCGACAUUAUCGUGACAUUGAUCCAUUUGUUGGUGGCUUAAUGGAAUAUCAUCUGAAAGGAUCACGUGUUGGACCAACAUUUGCCUGUUUAAUUGGUAUCCAAUUCUAUCAUUGGAAAUAUGGUGAUCGUCAUUAUUUUGAACAUGGUGGUGAAGUUGGAUCAUUUACGCCAGCUCAAUUGAAAGAGAUACGUAAAAAAGCUACAUUGGCCAAUUUAAUCUGUAAAACAACACAUAUGGAUUUGAUUCAAGUCAGUCCAUUCGAAGAAUUAUCGACACAUAAUCCAAAAAUGCCUUGUGCAUCAUUACCUGAUUUUAAUUAUGAAUUAUGGCGUGAAGGCUAUUUGCACAAAUGAACGAUAGAAAAAAAAUAACCAUUUUUCUAUCGAAUCGAUCACGGAUACAUUUUGUUUACAUCCACCCAUUGACCUCUCUUGUUCUCUCUUUUUUUUUGCCGUCUAUUUUUUUUGCACUGAUACUCUCAAUCUUUGUACAGCCAAACUACAUAACCGAUUACAUGACACACCCACCACAACAUCAACAACAACAAAAAUUGAUGCAAACAGCCACAUAUGAACCACGAAUAUAUGAAGACAAAGGCAAAGUCAAAUCGCAUCACAUUUACACAAGACAUUUUUGCGCACCGUUUUUUUUUUAUUAUUAUCAUUGUUUUGGUUCAACAGAAAAGUAGAUUUUUUCUGUCGACCACCAUCACCACCACCACCAGCCACUCCCUCCAUCAUCAUUGUCAUUAUUGUUGAUCAUUCACAUCCAACCACA